GGGAUGUUAGCGGGUGGGAGGUGCGGCCCGGUUGCUACAGCCGGAGCUGGGCGGUGGCGGCGGCGGUGGCGGCGGUGGCGGUAGCGGUGGCGGCGGCGGCGGCGGGUGCUGGGGGAGGAAUCUCGCGGAACCAGAGGCGGUGGCGCAAUGGAGGGACUGGAAGAAAAUGGAAGUGUCCAAGUGGGAGAAUUGUUACCUUGCAAGAUUUGUGGAAGAACGUUCUUUCCAGUGGCAUUAAAAAAACAUGGACCCAUUUGCCAGAAAACUGCCACUAAAAAACGGAAGACUUUUGAUUCAAGCAGACAGAGAGCUGAAGGAACUGAUAUUCCAACAGUAAAGCCUCUUAAACCUAGGCCUGAACCACCAAAGAAACCAUCUAAUUGGAGAAGAAAACAUGAAGAAUUCAUUGCCACCAUAAGAGCAGCUAAAGGCCUUGAUCAGGCACUUAAAGAGGGUGGAAAACUUCCUCCUCCUCCUCCACCUUCUUAUGAUCCUGAUUAUAUUCAGUGUCCAUAUUGCCAGAGGAGAUUUAAUGAAAAUGCAGCUGAUAGACAUAUUAAUUUCUGUAAAGAACAGGCAGCACGUAUUAGUAAUAAAGGCAAAUUUUCUACUGAUACCAAAGGAAAGGCGACUUCUCGGACACAGUAUAAGCCGCCUGCACUUAAAAAGUCAAAUUCUCCUGGAACUGCACCAUCAGGAUCUUCACGAUUACCACAGCCAAGUGGCACUAGCAAAACUGUUGUAGGUGUGCCUUCAGGUAAAGUGUCUUCAGUUAGCAGCUCUUUGGGAAACAAACUUCAGACCUUAUCUCCCUCCCAUAAAGGGAUAGCAGCCCCUCAUGUAGGAACUAACAUCAAACCUCGAAAUUCCACACCACCUAGUUUGGCACGAAAUCCUUCCUCAGGUGUGCUUACAAACAAAAGAAAAACAUAUACUGAGAGCUACAUAGCCAGGCCAGAUGGAGACUAUGCAUCUUCACUUAAUGGCGGAAAUGUUAAAGCCAUGGAAGGAAAUUCAACAGGACACUUACCAAAAUUCUGCCAUGAGUGUGGGACUAAAUACCCUGUAGAAUGGGCAAAGUUUUGCUGUGAAUGUGGCAUUCGAAGAAUGGUUCUGUGAAUAGAGCCCAAAAGAAAAAGCUAAGUCCAGAAUUUUAUGACUGUUGCAGCAGCUUGGACAGCUAGAGCACUUCCUUUAGUGAUUUUGUGCUAAAAUUAUUCAAAAUACUUUUUUCAGCAAUUUUUGAAGCAUAAUUCUUUGGCUGUGUAAUGUGUGUGUGUAUAUAAAUGUGUACAUAUACUGUAUAUAAUAAAUACCUGAUACCCCAGACUGUGCCAUUUAUGGAAAUACUCAUCUGUCAGAAAAUAAUUUCAAGUGGAAUCAUUAAUGUUUCUGUUGUUAUUGCACAUUAAGCAUACCUUCACAAAAUCAAAUGCUAGUGCUCAGCCCUUCAAGCUUUAGGAUGAUCAUUACUUUGAGCAAAAAAUCAGAACAAACAUUUUUAUUAUCGGUGCCUAUUUUCACAUAGUAUAGGAUGGGAUGCUUGGAAUUUUGGAAACGAAGAGAGUAUUUUCAGUUACAGUUAUGUAAGGUCAUUUUCCUGUAGAGCUCUUUAACAAUUAAUUUUAUAAAUAUUAAAAAAAG